CCGGGGGCGGGGCGUGCGCGGCGCGUUGCGGCGGCGGCGGCGGCGGGCCUCGGGCCUCGGGCCUCGGGCCUCGGGCUUCUCCGCUGCCGCGGUCCUCGCGCGCGGGAUGCUGCUCCUGGCGUUGCGCAGCCGGUGGGCGGCCGGACUUGGGCUCGGCGGGCAGAGCACGGUACCGCGGGCGGCCGCCGCGCUGCGAGGCCUGAGGGCGGCCUCCUGGCGGGCGGCGCCCUGGCGCGGCUCCUCGAGGCCGCUUGGCGGCGGAGGCGUGGGCUUGCGGGGAGCCUCGCCGCUCGUGGGCCGGCGGGUGCGAACGCAGAUACCUCUUUGUUGGAAAAGAUGUGUUCAAUGCUUACAUACAGAGCUUGAAAAAUCAGAAGAUGGAAGGCUGAUUUAUACUGGGAAUCUGGCCCGAACAGUAUUUGGUGUGAAAUGUUUCUCUUAUUCUACAAGUGUCAUCAGUCUUGCAUUACUACCAUAUAUUUUUGCACAAAACAAUAUUAUAUUUGGAAGUCUACCUUUGCAAAUAUUAUUUUAUGGCAUCAUAGGAAGCUUUACAGUGAUUACUCCAGCACUGCUUCACUUUGUUACGAAAGGCUAUGUUGUUCGGUUGUACCAUGAAGCUACAACAGACACUUACAAAGCCAUUACUUAUAAUGUUGUGCUUUUAGAAAAAAGUACAGUGUUUCACCAGAACGACGUGAGGAUUCCAGACAGCGCUCAUAUAUUUACCACAUUUUAUGCUAAAACAAAAUCGCUGUUAGUUAAUCCAGUGCUCUUUCCAAACCCUGAAGAUUAUGACCAUCUAAUGGGUUAUGACAAACCAUUCACUUUUGAUACGGAAGCAGACAGUGAGAAGAAACAGGUUAAAGAUGAGAAAUGAAUCUGUUGUUUUUUAGGUUUGUGCUUAAAUGUGAUUUAUGUUCCAAUGUAUGAUAAAAUUGCCUUUACUUUUGUUUUCUGUUAGCAACUGAAAGUAAUUUGAAACUGUAUCAAACAACUUUUAAUUUUCAGAGAAUUAUGUUCCUAUAUAAUAAAAUAAGCUAUGUUUGAAAAAACA